ACGACCGUCACGGCGAUGCGGAGUCCAGGCUCCGCCGGCGCGUCGGGCUCGCGAGUCAGACGCUUCAGCCUGGGCCUGCGGAGCAAACCCCUCGGCCGACUCCGGUGAAAAUGUCUGCGGUUCUGUGCUUCAGGAGGUUUGUCGACGAGCGACUCGCCGCCGCCGCCGAGGAGAUACUGGGAGUCUUUGAGAAAGCCGUGGUGGUGUACGAGGAGGAGAUCGAGCGUCAGCGGAGACUGCUGGACAUCGUCUUGAAGCCCGAGAUAAAGCUGCACAAGAAAGACAUCUCACAGUCAUCUAUCUGUAUCAAGGAGAUUCUCCUGGACCAGCAAGAGCUCUGUAACCAGGAGAGGAGCUCCAGUCUGAACCAAGAGGAACUAGAGGCCCCGGGGAUUAAAGAGGAGCAGGAGGAACUCUGCGCCAGUCAGGACGGAGAGCAGCUCGUACUGGAGCAGGAGGCCGAUUUGUUUAAGUUAAGGCGUGAUUGCAGUGAAGAUCAGACUCUGCUUUGGGAUCCUGACCAAACUCAGAGGGCAGCAGAGAGAGAGCCGCUGACCAACAUUUCGGUUAUAGUGAUAAAAUCUGAAUCUGACAGAGAGGGCUCAGGUGUAUCAGUAUCCAACGGUGACCACCACUGUUCAUACAGCUCUCACACAGCUAAAAGCAAAGGCCACGAAAGAGGAAACCAAGAAAAUGCAAGUGCGGAUCAGAAACCAGAGAGCAAACAUUUCAAAUGUCUAUUUUGCACCGAGGAGUUUCAUGAUUUCUUAAAGUUAAAAAUUCACAAAAGGACCCACACUGGUGAAAAACGUUUUAAAUGUGACACUUGUGGGAAAGGGUUCACCCAGAAAGCUCUGGUGACGAAACACAUGGCGACUCACACGGGGGUGAAGCCCUUCAGAUGCAGAGUUUGCGGCAAGGAAUUCAGCUGCCAGUCAAACUGCGUCAGUCACAUGAAAACUCACACGGGCGACAAGCCGCACACCUGCGUCACCUGCGGGAAACGUUUCAGCCGCGGCGCAGACCUGAGGAGGCACAACCGAACCCACACGGGGGAGAAGCCCUACAGCUGCGUCUACUGCGGGAAGGGGUUUUCCUACCACUCAUCGCUCACAAAUCACGUCCGAGUGCAUACCGGGGAGAAGCCUUACAAAUGUAUCUGGUGCGGGAAAAGGUUUGCCGUCAGCACUACGUUGAAAAUACACACCAGAGUCCAUACAGGGGAAAAGCCGUAUAAAUGCAGCUUUUGCGGGAGGACUUUUGCUCAUAACACAGGACUGAGGUUACACAGAAGGAUCCACGCAGCGGAGAAACAACAGGGCUCAAAUGCCUUCUGCAAAACUAGGACGGUAUGGUCAAAGUGUGCCGAAUUUGAGCUCUUAAUCUGUAAAUUCCACCGGAAAUGGCUCACGCCGUCGUUCCUGCCGCCCCGCGGGAAAGCGCGCCGUCGGGACCGAGGUAGUCCGGCUCGAACCACUUGUUUUAAGACAGGGGACAUGUUCGCGGCGGAGGGUCUGAGGCGGCUGAUCAGGGAGCGACUGGCCGCGGCUGCGGAGGACAUAUUGGGCGUCUUUGAACAAACGGUAUCGGUGUACGAGGAGGAGCUCGACCGUCAGCGCAGACUGGUGGACAUCGUCCUGAAGCCCGAGAUAAAGCUGCACAGGGCAGAGCUCCCUCAGCAACAUGUCUGUAAGGAGGAGGAGGAGGUUCUCGCUGCACGUCACCUCUGUAACCAGGAGCGGGACUCCUGCCUGGGACCAGAGCCUCCACAGAUUAAAGAGGAGCAGGAGGAACUCUGCACCAGUCAGGAGGGAGAGCAGCUUGUACUGAAACAGGAGGAUGAUCUCUUGAAGUCAAAUCCUACCUAUGAGAGAAGUGGUCACAGUGAAGACUGGUCUCUGGUGGUGAAUUGUGACCACAAUCAAAGUGCGUCAGAGAGAGAGCCUCCGGACAACAUUUCAACUAAAAGGCUGAGAUCUGAAAGUGACAGAGAAAGCUCUGGAGAAUCUGAGCCAAACAGUGACCGUUUUCAAAGGGGCAACCAUGGGAAGGUGGCAAAACCAGAGAGGAAACAGAGGGGGGCCUCAAUAUCAACUAGAAACCUUAAGCCAAAAAUAAACAGGGAACAAUAUGACCAAGAACACGAAACAAACAGCAGGGAAAACACAGAAUCAGCUAGUAAUUCUCAGCCCAAACCAAAUGACGCAGACUUUCCUUUGUAUAAGCAAUUAAAAGGUCACACGAGGACUCACACUGCUGAGAAGCCUUUCAGUUGCACGGUUUGUGGCAAGGGAUUCCGCUUCAAACGUUACCUCAAACAACACAUGAUAACCCACUCGGGCGAGAAGCCGUACGCUUGCAACACGUGCUGGAAGGGUUUCCGGCGUUUGGAACAUUUGCAAAUUCACAUGAGGAGUCACACUGGUGAAAGGCCUUACAGCUGUGCUUACUGUAAGAGGGCGUUUUCUGUAAGCUCAACCUUGACCAAACAUGUCCGGUUGCAUACGGGUGAGAAGCCUUAUGCGUAGCUGCAGUGUUUGGGGAGAGCUUUGAAUGUGAGAGCAAGACCAAGAGAGGCACACAGGCGCAGCCUUGAAGGAGAAGAGUUCACAAGCUGCUCAACCCCGAAGAAGCAAACGACUGACUGCCAGGACACUUGUGUGAAGUUUCUCACAAAGUGCCGCAUUGUGGACUUAACAUGUCAAAAAAGUGAAUGUUUCAUUUACAAAUGUUUGACCUUAUUCACCAGGAAUUCUUGUUCUUGUUCCAGCCCACGUUCUAUCGAAACAUUUUGUAGGUAGCAGUGUCAUGUCUGGUUCUGCAUUAAACAAGCUAUAAUAAGA